AUGAAUAACAAAAAUACAUUGGGUCCAUGUUUAUUACAAAAGAAAGAACUAAAUUCGAAGAAUAAAAUUCAAUAUUUGAAAGAAAUAGACAUCUCCUUAAAUCGCAAUAAAGAUACAAUUUUAUCUAACGACAAACGCCAAUUGUUGAUAUCAACGUCAUUAGAAAUGGAAAAAGUUUCAUCCAUCAACAAUGAAAUGGAAAUUAUCGAAAAGCUAUCUCCAAUAACUCUUGACAGUGGUAUAUUUAGUGACAAUAAUCUAACUCCGUUAUUUGAAAAGGAUAUAAACUUGAAUAAAUACAAUAGCACAAAAAUUAACUAUACAAUAAGUGACGAAAUUUCCAAUAAUAAUACAUGUAAUCUAUCUUCGUCAUUUGAAAAAGCUGAAAUUUUUGAUAAAUACAAUAUUGUUCAAAUUGAUAAUAAAAUAUGUGACGAGGUUUCCAAUCAGAAUAUAAACAAUCAUAUUAUGUUAUUUGCUGAAAAUAAUGAAACUUUUGAUAAUUCUAAUAAUACUAAAAUUAAUUCUCAAAUAAGCGAUCAAGUCUUAGAACACAAUACUCGAAAAAAUAUUGAAAAUGAUCAAAAUCUUUGUUGUUCCAAAGAAAACAAUAUUUCUAAAAUUUGUGAAUCUGGUUUAUUGAAUGAAACAGUCAAAGAAAAGGCUGAAAAAUUACCAACAAAUCAAUUCAUAAAUGAUAAUUACAUAAAGGAUAAUGAAGAUCUGAAUGCUAUAUUAGAUAUUGAUUACAAAGAAGUUUUUUGCAACUGUGUUACAGAGAGUACCAAUGAGAGAUUAUUUCGAUUCGGAAUGUUCGAAUUAUAA